CCCGGCGUGCCCCGAGGCCGGCUCCGGCUCCGAGGGCGGGGAGGGCUCAGCCGGGGUGGCCGGAGCACGAAGCCCCUCCCGCAGCCCCGCUGCGGCGGCGGCCCGGAGGCGGAGGCAGCUCGCCCGUCCAACCAGCGCCCGGCAGCUCGCCGCUGCUUUGCCUUCUCUCCCCCUUUCCCGGCCAGGAUAAGGCUGCUACAAAGAGCAGGGGUUCAAAUGAGGCUGCUCCGGGCCGCCUGAAGGGACGGCCGGCAGCGCCGAGCGCCCCGCGGGAAGGCACCGCUUCGGAGGCGGGGCGCAGCCCGGCCUGACGAGGCCAGAACGGUUCUGUGCAAGAAAAACGCAGAAGAGGAAAAGAAUUGCUCUUUCCCGAGUACGUCCCACCCUGUCUCGGCACGGCACACGCGGACUGCGGUGGCCGAGGCGAUGUCCCCGCGGCCGGGCCGCGGCGGCAGCUGCUGAGAGGAGCGGCGAGGGCGCGGCGCGGCGGAGACGCGAUUUUAGGAAGUUCUUUGCAGAGGAAUAUUUGACCAGAACUAGAGGAUCAUGAUGACAACAAGAUUCAUCUGUUUAAUGCUAGUAACUGUUGUGGGAGUUACUGCGAGUGAAACACAGGAGUUUGAAGGCAAUGACAAGGAAAAGGCUCAAGAAUUCAUUUAUACGAACAGAUAUAAGCGUUCCAGUGACACACAGGACAAAUGCACUUACACCUUCAUUGUACCUCAGCAGAGAGUGACAGGUGCCAUUUGUGUUAAUUCUAAGGAGCCUGAAGUUCUGCUUGAAAACAGGGUAAAUAAACAAGAAUUACAGUUACUUAACAAUGAACUUCUCAAACAAAAGAGACAAAUAGAAACUCUCCAGCAACUGGUAGAGGUGGAUGGUGGAAUUGUUAAUGAAGUUAAACUCCUAAGAAAAGAGAGCAGAAAUAUGAAUUCUCGUGUCACACAACUCUACAUGCAGCUAUUACAUGAAAUUAUCCGAAAACGUGAUAACGCCUUAGAACUUUCUCAACUUGAAAAUAAGAUUUUGAACCAAACUGCAGACAUGCUGCAGCUUGCAAACAAAUACAAAGACUUAGAGCACAAGUAUCAACAUUUGAUGUCAAUUGCCAAUAAUCAGACAAUAAUAAUUGCCCAGCUGGAAGAACACUGUCAAAGAAUGCCAUCCAUAAAGCCACUGCCACAAACUCCACAACCACCAAUUAAAGUGUACCAGCCUCCUACUUACAAUCGCAUUAAUAACCAGAUAUCUACUAAUGAGAUUCAAAGUGAUCAGAACUUAAAGGUUCUGCCACCUACCUUACCAACCAUGCCUGCAGUUACUAGUAUUCCAACUUCAACUGAUAAACCAUCUGGACCCUGGAGAGACUGUCUACAAGCAUUAGAAGAUGGCCAUGACACAAGCUCCAUCUAUCUUGUAAAACCAGAAAACACAAAUCAGCUGAUGCAGGUCUGGUGUGACCAACGGCAGGACCCUGGUGGCUGGACGGUCAUUCAGAGACGGCUGGAUGGCUCUGUCAACUUUUUCAGGAACUGGGAGACAUACAAGCAAGGAUUUGGUAACAUAGAUGGAGAGUAUUGGCUUGGAUUAGAAAACAUUUAUUGGUUAACAAAUCAAGGCAACUACAAACUGCUCAUAACAAUGGAAGAUUGGUCAGGUCGAAAAGUAUUUGCUGAGUAUGCCAGCUUCAGGCUGGAGCCUGAGAGCGAGUACUACAAGCUGAGACUGGGACGCUACAACGGCAACGCGGGAGAUUCCUUCACCUGGCACAAUGGCAAACAGUUUACCACGCUGGACCGGGAUCACGAUGUGUACACAGGUAACUGUGCUCAUUACCAGAAGGGAGGAUGGUGGUACAAUGCAUGUGCUCACUCCAACCUCAAUGGGGUCUGGUACCGGGGAGGACACUACCGCAGCCGGUACCAGGAUGGUGUUUACUGGGCGGAAUUCCGGGGAGGAUCAUACUCAUUAAAAAAAGUUGUUAUGAUGAUAAGACCUAACCCUAACACAUUUCACUGAAAUAACUCUUCUCUUGGUUUGUUUUGUUGUUCUAAAAAUCACAUAAAGCUACAACGUUAUUACCAGGAAUUAUCUUUUCAGAAACGAGGAAUGUAAGAUACUGUACAUUUAUUGAUAAGAUAUGAGGGCUUGUGUAUUAUAUUUUCAAGAAUUAUCCCAGGAAAAAGAGCUGGAGAAAAGGAACUGUAAUAACAUUCAAAACACCUCUUGGUAGUAUUAGAACUUGCAGUUUAGAUGAAAACUGUAGGCAAGCUUCCUGGUUUUUACUCCCUGUAAAUUAAGUUUGGAGGAUAAAAGUAUUGCUACCACAUUUAAGUAUUUUUGUAUGUUAUGUAUAAAUAUUCUCAAAUACAGGAAAUAUUACAAACUGUA